GUGACUUUCAACCAGCAACAGUCAUCCUGGAGUGCUUGGGUGAAGGGCCAAGAAUAUUACUCCUUUUCUGAUGGAAAAGAGACUUUAUUUGGUCUCCCUUUGAUCCUUCUUCAAGUCCAGUUUCUCACCACUGCCUAGAAAAAUACCUAAUUCACAGGACUUACAUGUCCUUCCUGCGAGGCAUCCUUUUGGAGGCAGUGUGGAAAAAGUUCAAGGCAUCUAGAAAGGACUAAAAGUAGAAUGGAAGAAAAGGAGGGGCAGGGAAGCAAAUGUAGAGACCUUAAACCCAGGGGCAGAAGUAGAGAAAGAAGCUAGGAUGAAAGGGGAGAGAAAAAUUACAGGAAAUAACAACUACAGAGAGUGAGAGGAGAGAAAGAGACAGAGGAGGAAAAACCAACUUAUUGCUGAGAGAAGUUUCUCUCCUUAAGUCCUCUAGGUCAAGAAAUCAGACAUGGCCUGGACCACAGAAAGGAGACAACGGAUGCCCAGUGCUUGAUCUGGAGAAGUAAGAGUCCAGCCAGAUGGGACUGCAGUCACCAGCCCUGAUGGCCUCUGCCCUGGUGUAUUUCAUCCAGCUUCCUCGGGCAAGAUGUGAGGAGAACUGUGUCAGUCCUCAACAGUGGCACUAGUGGUAAAGAACCUGCCUGCCAAUGCAAGAAAGCUGCCUGACCACAGAUUGGGUACAUCUCUGGUAUAUAUGGUUGCUGGUGGUCAUCGGGGCACUGCUUCUCCUGUGUGGUCUGAUUUCUGUGUGCUUCCGCUGCUGUCUGGGUCGCCAGCAAAAUGGGGAAGAGGAGGGCCGGGCACCCUAUGAAGUGACGGUCAUCGCUUUUGACCAUGACAGCACUCUCCAGAGCACCGUCACUUCCCUGCAAUCAGUGUUCGGCCCUGCGGCUCGAAGGAUCCUGGCUGUGGCCCACUCCCCCAGCUCCCUGGGCCAGCUGCCCUCCUCUCUGGACACCCUCCCAGGGUAUGAGGAAGCACUUCGCAUGACUCGAUUCACUGUUUCAAGAUGCGGACAGAAAGCACCUGAUCUACCAUCAGUGCCAGAAGAAAAGCAACUGCCCCCGAUGGAUAAAGAGUCUCCCGGAGUACAACACUCUUCUAAUUGAAGGGGACCUUUUUUUUUUUUUACCAUUGUAUUUUAUUUAGCUGUAACAAAUCAAAUUACUAAAACUUUAGUUUAUGUUAAAUUUGAGAUAAGCCUGUAGACCCAGCCAGAGAAAUGCAAUUAUAAACAGACAUGGCCACCAGUUGCUAGUAGUAACAGUUACUAUAUUACACAUAUUUUCACUUGUAAUAUGUUAAACAUUCCUUCUUUGGUUCCUGCUUGCAACACAAUUUAAAAUUAGCACACCAAAAUAAUUUGCAUUUAUAAGCGAUUUAUAGGGAAAACAUUGCAUUUAUAAGUGAUUCAAAUUCUCUGUAAUUUAAUGUCUCAUCUGCUGAAGUAUAGUAGUCAUAGUACCUUAGAAGUUCCUUUUUAAUUUAUUUUUAAUUGGAGGAUAAUUGCUUUAUAAUAUUAUAUUGGUUUUCUGCUGCACAACUACAUGAAUCAGCCGUAUAUAAUAUAUGUGUAUAUAUAUAUCCCCUCCCUCUUGAACAUCCCUCCCACCCCCUGAAAUCUGGCUUUAUUAAUGGACUGGAGGUGUCCUCAGGGUUGGUAGAUAUUCACAGACAAAUGGAAAAUUUUUUUACUAACUUUCAGAAGGGUUAGGAUGGCAUCUAAACAUCAUUCUGUGGGAAAGAUAGAUUCUAGCUCUUCAUUUCCAGAUGCACCUAUUUUCUGCUAUGGGAUGCUCUUGUUGAAAAUUCUUCUUUAUCCAGGGGUAAAAAAGUUGCAAUUAACCUGUAGCGAUGCUGAUUACCGCUGAACUGGAAAGCACCAGAGGCACCUUGGAUUCCUUCAUCUAUCGAGUUCCUUUCCCCAGAAGACUCUGCAAGUUGCUGGUUUCCUUAGCAGCAAACAGGUGGUGGACACUUGUGGAGAAAGACUCUCGUAUAGGUACAGCCGGAGCUGUUAAUGCACUGAAUUCACAUACCCUUCCUCUCGUGAGAACAUUCACUUUUAUGCUAAAUGACAGUGAUAAUUUGGGACAUCAUGUAAUACCUCACUGGACAUCCAAAAUCCAGGGGUGGGAUUGCAGACAUGGGCUAAGAGGGCACAGUAAAGUACUGAAAUGCAAAUAUCAAGGUCUUUCUUUCAUUCUUCUACCCACUAACAGUAGGGGAAACUGAAUAGAAUGCAGUAACAGUUCCAUUCAUGUUUUAGUUCCUCUGCCCUACACACACAUGCACGCACAUGCAGGCAUGCACACAUAUGCACACGCAUGCUUUUGUAACUCUAAAAGAAUAGCAUUGUUUUGCCUCUUUCCUUGUUUCUGCUUUGACUGCUUGCAAGCCCUGUCUAUAGUGACAACACUUGCUUCUAGUGGUGACCUUCACUGCCACCUGGUGGAGCCUUGGUAGAAGUGCAUUCUCCUGUUGGCACCUAAAGCUUCCCUGGUGGCUCAGUGGUAAAAUAUCCGCCUGCCGAUGCAAGAGACGUAGGUUCGAUCCCUAGAUCAGGAAGAUCGCCUUGGAGGAGGAAAUGGUAACCCACUCCAGUGUUCUAGCCUAGCAAAUGCGUACCUCUCCGAUCUUUGGAGCACUAACUGUUUGCAGUCCUUCCCAGGGCACCGUCCUGCUCUUGCAUUGCUAACGUGUCCACAUAACACGCUACCUCCAAAAUGUCCUGUUACUGGAAAAUUUAGGAAAUGAAGUACAUUUGGGGAAAAACUACUUUCCAGUUACCUUAGGAAAGUCACCAAACUCUUUCAAGCACAGUUUCUUAUUUGUAAAAUAAGGGAUAAUAACAGCACUGAUGAUAGUUGUGAAAAUCAAAUAAGCUGUCUAGAAAUGACAAGAUUUGUAAAUUAUUAUACACAUGCAUUUGUUACUCUUACUUUUGACAAUUUAUUUUCACUUGCCUCCUAAGAUGCUGCUGAGAAUUAUAUUCUGAUUUGUCCUUUUGCCAGUCACCCUGCUGUGUUAUUGCUAAGUCACCCCUCAUGUAGCUUUAUUUCAUCAAUAAAUAUUUGUUGUUGAGGUAAAUAGCUGGA